GGACAGAAGCCAUCCUUGCCGUGUGUUCAACUCCAUGUUCCACCCGUUGAUACGAGGCAACAUCAUGAUAAUGCUAGACACAUUGACUCUCUGGCCGUCGGCUCGCGAGUCCGCCACGUUGCGGUAAGAUGGUUCCCUCGGUGGAGUAUAAAAUAAGCCCAACGCCUGUCUCUGAGGGAGAGAAGACACAUUCCAGCGGGCAGAUUCCCCGGUCACUACAUCGGCAAUAACACGUCUGGCUGCCCACAAAUCGUCUUCUAUCGCGUCCGCAUUUACCAUCCCUAGACACCUUUAACCACGGCAUCCCACUUUACGAUGCGUUUCCUCCCGCUGCUCGUCCCCCUGGCCUCGGCCGAAACCCUCGGCUCCUGGACCAUCUCCGCCCUCUCACGCCAAUGCACCCCCUCCAACACAGCCUGCACCUACACCCUAUCCCUCACCACCCCCGACCCCCCCAGACAGCAGCACCAGCAGCAGCAACAACAACACACCUGCACCUUCACCAUCACCUCCCCCGACCCCGACCCCGCCAACCACCCCGCCAGCCACACCGACUUCACCGCCAUCCCCUGCCACAACUCCAACCCCAACACCAACCCCAACACCAACAACGACAACGACAUCAACAUCCAGAACAAGUACACCUACACCCUCACCGGCUCCUGGAACCCACAGGGCUCCUUCCUCACCCUAGUCCCGACCGACCCGGCCGCUGGGCGCCAUGCCUUCUUUGGGUAUGGCGAGGCCGAGCUUGCGGGGGGACGGGUGGCGGGGCUGCGGAGGGCGGCGGUUUAUCGUGUUGGGGCGUUUGAUGGCGCUGGGGAGGACGUGGUUAAGGAGGGGGUUGGUUCUAACGGGGGUGGUGGUGGUGGUGGUGGUGUUAGGAGGGGGGUUGUUGAGAAGAGGGGAAGGAUGCGUGUUGGGAUGGAAAUGAUGGAGGAGGAGGGGAGUGAGAUGAUGGGAGGGGGGGUGGAGAGGGUUGGGAAAAGGGGUGACGCGGAGGAGGGUAGCAAGUGGCAGAUCAAGGGGCUGACGCGGUUCCCCGAUAUGGCCGCCAACACGACAACCUGGCAGUUCACCAUCGUACACAGCGGCGGCGAAGAAACGCACUGCUCGCCCACGGCGCCCACUAGCGACCCGGUGGGCAGUUUCUACGGCAUCCCCUGCGGCAUCAACGACGACGCAGACUUCAAAGCUUCGUGGGGCGUGCCGAACGGAACAGACGCGUGGUUCGGGUACGAGCAAGUCUCUCACAACCAGUGGCUGGGAGAUUCCAAGAAGGAACCGGUCUAUUAUACGGGUUGCGGUUGAGGAGCUAAAGCUGAGGCGAGGGUCGAGUCUAUCGAAAUACAAGGGGGCACACGUCGACUCACUGGACUGGUUCAGGUGCCACCUCUUUACAGCUUGUGACGUUCUUCUUUAGAAACCUACGCGGUGAAUUCAAUAUGUGCGGUGGGCACAAAGUUAAUUCGUUUGUCUGUGACUCUAGUAUCGGAAGGGAGGGUAUGGUGAGGGUAGACGGGGCUCCAUUAAAUAAAACUCUGUCCGAGCGAGAUAUCCGGCACCGUAGUAGCACGGGUAGCCUAGCAUCGCAUUGGGUAAGGACUUCUCGCCCUUCGGUUUGCGGCCCUGCUUACUCGGGCUUUCGCCCAUAGACAACCAACCUACAGGUUCAACGGUCAGC